AACAGCCGCCUUUCCCGCUCAGAGCAUCCACGGCCCCAGCCCGGCAACGGCCCUGAAGGAGGUCACAGUUACCGGAGGACGGAGGAGGACGCAGGAGUUUGCAGCGGCAGCAGCCAGGCAAAGAAAAUGCUUGCCAAUUCAGCCAGUGUGAGAAUUCUCAUCAAGGGAGGCAAGGUGGUAAAUGACGACUGCACUAUUGAGGCUGACGUUUAUAUCGAAAAUGGCAUCAUUCAGCAAGUGGGAAGAGAGCUCAUGAUCCCAGGAGGAGCCAAAGUGAUUGAUGCAACUGGAAAGUUGGUGAUCCCUGGGGGCAUAGAUACCAGCACUCAUUUCCACCAGACCUUCAUGAACGCCACUUGUGUGGAUGAUUUUUAUCAUGGAACAAAGGCUGCACUGGUAGGAGGAACAACUAUGAUCAUAGGCCAUGUUCUACCUGACAAAGAAACAUCCCUCCUGGAUGCCUAUGAGAAGUGCAGGAACUUGGCUGAUCCCAAAGUGUGCUGUGACUACUCACUUCACAUGGGAAUCACCUGGUGGUCUCCAAAGGUGAAAGCAGAAAUGGAGACUUUGGUGAGAGAGAAAGGUGUCAACUCAUUCCAGAUGUUUAUGACCUACAAAGACUUAUAUAUGCUUCGAGAUAGUGAAUUAUAUCAAGUGUUCUGUGCUUGCAAGGAUAUUGGUGCGAUAGCCCGAGUCCAUGCUGAAAAUGGAGAGCUUGUGGCCGAGGGUGCCAGAGAGGCAUUAGAUUUGGGCAUUACAGGUCCUGAAGGAAUAGAGAUCAGCCGUCCAGAGGAGUUGGAAGCCGAAGCGACCCACCGUGUAAUCACUAUUGCUAACAGGACUCAUUGUCCAGUUUACCUGGUCAACGUUUCCAGUAUCUCUGCCGGAGAUGUCAUUGCUGCUGCUAAGAUGCAAGGUAAAGUUGUCUAUGCAGAGACCACCACUGCACAUGCCACAUUGACAGGCUUACACUAUUACCACCAGGACUGGUCCCAUGCAGCUGCUUAUGUCACAGUGCCCCCUCUGAGGCUGGACACCAACACUUCCACCUACCUCAUGAGUCUGCUAGCCAAUGACACUCUGAACAUUGUAGCUUCUGACCAUCGGCCCUUCACCACAAAACAGAAGGCAAUGGGCAAGGAGGAUUUCACUAAAAUCCCUCAUGGAGUGAGUGGUGUACAAGACCGGAUGAGUAUCAUCUGGGAGAGAGGCGUGGUAGGAGGAAAGAUGGAUGAAAAUCGUUUUGUGGCUGUCACUAGUUCAAAUGCAGCCAAGCUUCACAACCUGUAUCCCCGAAAGGGUCGCAUCAUCCCUGGAGCUGACGCUGAUGUGGUUGUGUGGGACCCAGAGGCUACAAAGACUAUUUCAGCUAGCACUCAGGUGCAAGGAGGAGACAUAAAUUUAUAUGAAAAUAUGCGCUGCCACGGGGUACCUUUGGUCACUAUCAGUCGAGGACGAGUCGUGUAUGAGAAUGGAGUCUUCAUGUGUGCUGAGGGCACUGGCAAGUUCUGCCCACUUCGAUCCUUCCCAGAUACUGUGUACAAGAAGCUGGUCCAGAGAGAGAAGAGCUUAAAGGUUAAGGGAGUGGACCGCACUCCCUACCUGGGGGAUGUAGCUGUGGUUGUGCAUGCUGGGAAAAAAGAGAUGGGAACUCCACUUGCAGACACUCCCACCCGGCCAGUCACCCGACAUGGGGGCAUGAGGGACCUUCACGAGUCCAGCUUCAGCCUAUCUGGUUCUCAAAUCGAUGACCAUGUUCCAAAGCGAGCCUCGGCUCGGAUUCUCGCUCCCCCCGGAGGCAGGUCGAGCGGCAUUUGGUAAAGACGCUGACCAGCCUCCCAUCUAAGGAUGCAGCAGCAGCUAGCCAGCCCACCUUCUGGCCACCACUGCGGUUGCACGGGGAGGCUGGGCCAGACAGUCCAACACCCUAGACGGCGGGAGGGGGGAAGGGAAGGGCACACAGGACACUUGGGAGCACUUCACAUGUCUGAAACGUCAUUCACUAUGCUUUGAGCCAAUCCUAACAAGCACUUUGGGACGAUGCUCCUCUUGCUGUAGUCCUUUCCUUUCCUGGCCUCCGCAGGCUGCAUCGGUGGGCCAGGGGGGCCCGGCACUAUGCACUGACUGCAUUGCAUAGGCAGCGGCCUCGCCCCAACUCUCACACUGGCCUUCGGCUGUUUGCUUGGCGAGGAAGCAGCAGCUUGAAGGGCCUUCUUCCUAGCCCGGCCAGCCGCUGUCCAGGGCACUUUGGCAGAAGUGUUUCAAAAGCAGUCGUCUCCCUCCCGUCCCAGGCCCCUCCCGUCCCCCGGCCCCCCUCAGAACCCCAUUUCCCAGUUCUGCUAGUCGGUGUACCCAGCCCUGUCCGAGACUCCCUCCCCUCCCGUAGUUCCUGAGCUCCUCAGCGGUCCCGUUCCAAGCCGAGGCGUUUAUGCAGAUGAAGCAAACGAACCCUUUGCCAGCUCCCCCGCCUCCCCUCUUCUCCCAGUCCCUCCCGCACUUACACAAAGAACAAGCAGCCGAAGACCGAGCUGGGAGCCGGUGCGAGGCCUCGUGCCAUGCGCGUGUAAAUGAUUUUGUUUUGCACGUUUGGUUUGAGCAGUGGUUUGGUUUGGUUUGGUUUGUUAGUGCAUCAUGUGAAAAAAACAGUGCUUUGUGUCACUUAGCGUUAGGAUAGAAACGGGGAUAGACAUGAUCCUCCAGAGAUGCUGCAGUCAGCGCCAGCCCAAGCGGCAGGGCAGGAGAGAACAAGCCCCCAUGCUCCCGAACUGGGUCUUCCACUUGGUUAAAGGGCAAAAACGAGUCCUGCCUCCACCCUCCCCCAAGCCUGAUAGACACAGCUCCCAGAUCCUCACGGCAACCAAAAUCUAGAAUCUGAUCCUGUAAGAACAGCCUGGGCAUCCAUUAUUUUAAAAAUUCAGACUUGUAUGGUCUUAACCCUCCCGUUGCUGAUCUCCCUGAGCCGAUCGAGAGCUCUGGGACAGAAGCCGGAGCGGUCCUCCUCUGUGACUGGCAAGAAACCUCCCAUCUUCCAAGAGAGGAGGAAAAGGGGGGGAGAAGGGCCUGGAGAAGAGGAGGGAUGGGGAAUUUAGGCAGGAAGGCCGCAGCUACAGGGGUCUGGAAGGCUGUCCUUAGGACAUCGCGACCAAGCCUCCAGCCAGCCCCAUCCCCACACCCCAGUUCUCGGGUCAGCUCCACCCCCACAUCCCACGUCUCUGACCAGCCCCACCCCCACAGCCCACGUCUCCGGCCAGCCCCACCCCACAGCCCAUGUCUCCGGCCAGCCCCACCCCUAUCCCCAGUGUCUCAGCCUUAUCCUCUACCCCAGCCUGCUGCCACCAUCUUCCCAAGGUUCCUAAUGCCUGAACCCAGCCCUUUCCUGAUACUGAGGCUAUUCUUUAUUUGAAAGGAAAUGUAAUUUUAGGAAGGGUUUGCCUUCCAAUAUUGAAGACCACUGGGCUUUUCAGUUGGGAUACUCAGAUUUUGAGACCUCAGCCACAUGGGGUGGGGGGUCUCCAUCUACUACUGAGUGACAUUCUCUCUUGACAGAAGGAUGGGAGGACUUACUCAGGCCAGGAGACACCCUCCUUUUCUUGAGCUCUAUUUUAGUUCCUUAGUUUUAGCCCUGCCCUUGUUUAGACUGGUGUCCCAUCUCCCGGGAAGCCAGUCCCCCACGGCUCCUAAGCUCCGACGGGACUUCUGCUGGGCCCCUGGCUAGUCUCGCCAGAAGUUGCCAGAAUUGCCCCCGCAGCUUUGAUCAGGCAUCCUUGCUAUGGAGAGGAGGUGUGAGACCACUCCUGGUUGCCCUCCUCACCAAAUAAUUGCAAAAUCACUUGCAGAAUUUGCCUCCCAAGUGAAUCCUUAACAGGCCAUAUAUGUGUUUGCUUGUUUUCUCUGAUGGCCAUUCAGUCUAAAGCAAAAAUCCUUAAGUCCUUGGUGUCUGUGCUAGGACUAGAGAACAUCAGAGGCUUGCUCUGUGUUUUGAACUCUAGUCUGCUAUGGCAGUUUUACACCCACCCUCGACUCCCAACCCGAUCUCAGUCUCAGGAGGACCCUGGAGAGAAGAGGUCAUUGCUGGCCAGAAGAUAAAAGGCAAAAAGAUGGUGGGAAUGAAGUGUAUUACAGGCAGUUAUAGAAAUGGUAGCCAAGUGGCAGAAACUGGGGUCUGGGGAAUGGAGUCCAGCUUGGCCCCAUGAGGAUGUGGAUGCCAACAACGGCUGCUCUGGUUGUGGUUCUGAAUAAAAUUAACUUUCUCCCUACUUUCCACGUAGUGGGACUUGGGCAGAUGCCAAAGAGCAAGGAGAGAGCUGGCCAGCAGAGUAGACCAGAACUACCCCAUAGUUUUGCUGGGAGAGCUUUUUUCCAUACAGGUCCCAAUAUUGCAAUUUUAGAAUUAAAGUGUCCAGUGCAGGGAGGAAGGAGAAAGGGGAGUUGUGGAACCACAUUCCUUCUCUUAUCAUAAUUGCAGAUCUAAAAGGUCAUUUUUCCCACCCCCCUCCCUACCCUUCUGACCUCUCUCCAUGACUCACCCACACCCAAAAGCUUUUAGCUAGAAAAUCAGUUGUUCCAAAAUGUCAUAAAAAAUAGCCAGCCUCUCCUCUUCCCCUCCACCCUGAUUCUCCUUGCCCCUUUACAGAGCCCAGAGCCACCUGGAAGACAUAUAAACUUGUGUCUCAUGGUUGGAAUGAAAAGGGUCUCUGGUUGCAUUGAAUGCAGCUCUCAAACUGGUCUUGUACUUGCUGGAAUAAAUGCUGUUUUUCUUGCCUUAGCUGCUCUCUAGGUUUGUGGGGUUGUGUUAUGGGAACAUUGUGCUACUACUGUGUGUGUGUGUGCGUGUGUAGUGCUAGGAAUCCACAGUAGGUCUCUGUCAAGUCUGUACCGUGAUGAGGGCUUUUUGAACUCUGACCCAGAAACCAACAGAACCAAACUGAAACCAAAACCUCCUCCAGCAGCAACAGAGGCGGCAGGCAUGGUCUGGGGUCAGCAUGGAACCACCCCAGAGCCCAGGCACCCAAGUGACUUUCCUUAUGCCUCCGUAAUGUUAUGGUGCUAAGAACGUGUCAGUCCCCAAAAGGACACACUUUUCCUGUGCUUUAGCCACCUGUUUCAGACAAAACAACACACACACAAACACCCCAACACAUUGUGUUCUGGUGCAGGUUUGUAUUAAACUGUAGCUACUUCUCA